CUGCACAAACAUUAGUGACGUCAUCAUAACGCGACUGCAGUUCCGGCAGUUUAUACGCCAGUUUCCUACAGUCUACAAAUAAAUUAUGUUUACAUCGACUUUUCCACGUUUCGAUUGUGGUUACAAAAGUCAUUUUUAAAGGUUUGUACUAAAUUGCUGCGCGGGAAAUCCGUUGCAGGGUUGAAGUGACAGAUUACAAACAUGGCAGCUGUUGACGUGGAAGAUGAGAGUAUUCUAGCUUCAAUAUUCAAAGACAGCUUCCCUGAUAACUGGAGGGACAAUCCGGAUUUCGCAGCGUACUUGUCUGAGCUCAGUUCUUACGGUGUAGAGAAAUUAAACCGGGAGCCGGAGAGAAUAGCAGAGGAGAGAGCUCAGAUAUUGCAGCAAACCCGCGAGCUUGCCUUCUCGAACUACAAGACAUUCAUUCGAACAGCUGACUGCACGGAAGAGAUUUACAAGGACUUUGGUCGUGUGGAGAGCAGCGUUUCUAAACUCCUUGACAAGUUGCCCAGCUUUGGUGAAAAAUGCAGGGGUUUCAUCAAGGAGGCAGAGGAGAUCGGAGUCAGUCGGCGAAUGAACAGCCUCACAUUGAAUCGUCACACCGAGAUCCUGGAAAUUCUAGAGAUUCCCCAGCUCAUGGACACCUGCGUACGCAACGGCUACUAUGAGGAGGCUCUGGAACUGGCAGCUUACGUAAAAAGAUUGGAGAAGAAGCACUCGUCCCUGCCUGUCAUUCAAGGAAUUGUCCAUGAAGUGCGUCAGUCAGCUCAACUCAUGCUGAACCAGCUGUUGCAGCAGCUACGCAGCAACUCCCAACUUCCUGUCUGCUUGCGGGUGAUUGGCUACCUGCGGAGGAUGGACGUUUUUAAGGAAGCAGAGCUUCGAGUCAAGUUCCUCCAGGCUCGUGGGAGCUGGCUGAACUCAAUCCUGGCCGCCAUCCCUGAUGAUGACCCCUACUUCCACAUCACCAAGACCAUUGAGGCCUGCCGCGUGCACCUCUUUGACAUUAUCACCCAAUACCGUGCUAUCUUCUCUGACGAGGACCCGCUGCUGCCGCCUGGAUGCCAAGGUGUGAACGAGAGCGCUAUCUUCCAUGGCUGGGUUGUGCAGAAGGUGGCCGAGUUCCUGGAGACCCUGGAUAAAGACCUUCAGCGAGGGGUGGGAGGUCGGCUUGAUUCCCUGCUCGGCCAGUGCAUGUACUUCGGCUUGUCCUUCAGCAGAGUUGGGGCGGAUUUCCGUGGACAGCUGGCACCUAUGUUUCAACGAGUGGCCACAGAUACAUUCCGCAAGGCCAUCCACGAGGCAGGUGACAAGUUCCAGGAAGACAUGAACAUGUAUACACUGAUCUCUUUGCCCUCCAUGUUGGGUGGCACCAUUCCUCCUGUGGCACCCAGUACCCAGCCUGGUACCCUGCAACCCCCCAUGGCCCUCCUCGACUUCCCCCCUUUGGCCUGUUUCCUCAACAACAUCCUGACUGCCUUCAAUGACCUGCGUCUGUGCUGCCCCAUAGGUCUAGCCCAAGAGGUCACCAAGUAUCUGGAGGAUGCUCUUUUCAAGGUGACCAAGCUCAUCCUGGUGUUCCACCGGGCUGAGGAGUCUGCCUUCAGCAGUAGGGAGAAGGAGCUGUUUGUCCAGUUCUGCUGUGCCUUCGCAGAGGACAUGGUGCCUUUCCUCAACCGCUGUCUCCAAGUCCUCUUCCCCCCUGCGCAGCUAGCUCUCAUACUCGGUGUUCCUCCAACACAAGUACACAAGUAUGACAGUCUUGGUUGCAUUGAUGUUCACAUGGUUCUGCAACCUCUGGAGUUCGUGCUGCCCGAAAGAGAAGUAGCUGCUCCAGAAGUGGACCUCAGCACAGAGCUGGGCAGUCUGACCACAACUGAUCCAGAACCCAUAUCUGGCGUCAGCCUGAUACCGGCAGAGGAACCACCACCAAAACCAGAACCGAUGGUAGACCCCGAAAUCAGAGAGAAGCCAAUACCCGGGAGUCCCAUCCCCCCAGAAUCAGUCCAGAGUUCUGACCCUGCGAUGGAUGCUGUACACAAUGAACCAGACACAGAGGUCAAAGGUUCAGUCAGUGAACUUUGAGGAGUAAUGUUGAGUACAACAUUCUUAAAUACUGGCUUGGCAUUAGCCAAACCUAAUAUAUAACAGGUAACUGAAAUCUUCAGAUAUCUUACCGUUUUCGUAUGUUCUUCCAUGUAUGUGGGAUGGGUUUUGUCAUGAAAUUGAGAUGGGUGUGGCAAUAAAUCAAGUCUAAAGUGACUUUGCCCUCUUA